AUGACAUCCUUCCUGGCCUCGGUUCACCCAUACCUUACUCCCCUUCACACCGCCAUUCACCCUCGCAUACCCUUCGCACCCCUGGACAUCUAUGGAGCAAUCCGCCUCUCUCAGGUAGUCGAGUGGGUAGCUACCGGUGUACUCUCGCCCAGUGCCGAAUCGGACCAGCCAUCCGCCAAAUCUGAAACGAAACGCGUUGGGAAAGGGAAACCGCAACGCGCAGGAGUCCUUCAGGAAUGUAUGGGUCUGCUGGUCGUGCUAUUUGGAGGAGAAACAUUCCUAUCAACCUGUACUCGCACACCACCAUCUUGGCUCAUCACCCCGAAGAUCGGCCUGCUAUUCUGCCUCAUUCAUAUCUUGCAUACUCGAACCUCACUGCGAAGGCUCAUACCUGCGAGACCCACCCUUACCCUCGAACUGCUACUAUCGAUCCCGGAUGCGAUCGGUCGUACCCUGCUCUUAACCCGCUUCUCGGUUCUUCCCCUCGCCCGACAAUCACCCAGCUUCUUCGCCCUUCCCUCCACACCGGCGACACUCAUACUAGUCCCCUUCAUCCUCGCUGCGCCAUAUGCGGCUCUCGCCUUCACCGGUACCAAUCUCUUCUCUCCGGAGCCGUCGAUGUCAACGCCGAUGGAGCUCCAGCCUCAGGGCUGGCUGAUGGUCGAUGCUUGGCUCCCUCUGCUGAUACCUGCUAUGUUCUGCACACUCUUGGGCCCGGUUCCCGGCUGGGGUGUGGGACUGGGAUGGAGCGAGGAGGAGGCAAUCACGGCGUGUACCGGUAUGGUCUUGGCGGCAUUUCUGGGGCGUUCGUUAUACAAUUAUGGCCCGCGGAGGUAG